AUUGUCCUGUCACGAUUGCUUGAUCUUCUGGGUGGAUAUGUUGGACAGAAGAAGUCAAAUCUCACAUGCUGGCACCCAAUUUUGGGUUGGUUUUCCAAACCUCUAGACAACUAUCUUCAAGCUUCUGCACCUCAUGUGGCAAGCCAAUUGCGUCUUCUGUGGCAUGGUCGAAUGGUACGGCUUUUAUUUGCUGACCUCUACCAGCAAGAGGGCCUAGGCCAAAGCGAACAAGCAAACGCACCACCGUUUCCCUCCACCUCCGUUGGUAUUGCGAAGUCACCUCGGUUCAAAUUAACUGACUAUACAGUUGGCGAACGAAAGGCUAUAGAAGGUCUUCUGCCUACCAAUCCACCCAGUUUUGUAUCCCGACAUUAUGGAAGGGGUUUUUCCGAUCGUCUAGGCUUGAGUACCUUCUUACGUCAACUCAAGAACCGUACACCCUUACGGAAGGGCGAUUUGGCAGGUGGCUGUUGUGGUGGUGCAGGUGCACCUCUGAAGUACCGUCAUCAUUGGCCUCGAGAUAGUGGCACACCCGGACCAGAGAAUUUGCCAAACAGCAUUAAGGUGGUGUGCAUGCUGUACUGCUUUACCAUUGGAUCACUCAAGGAGAUUCGUAACGACAUUUUGGCUGGUUAG